AUGUUUGAUCUUGAUCCCCGUCCAUUUUUUUUAUCCUUUCCUCAAACAACCCUCUUUGCUCUUACUUUCACUCGCUGUAACUCCUCUCUCUUUGCUCUUACUUUCACUCGCUGUAACUCAUCUCUCUUUGCUCUUACUUUCACUCGCUGUAACCCCUCUCUCUUUGCUCUUACUUUCACUUGCUGUAACCCCUCUCUUUUGCUCUUACUUUCACUCGCUGUAACCCCUCUCUUUGCUCUUACUUUCACUUGCUGUAACCCCUCUCUCUUUGCUCUUACUUUCACUUGCUGUAACCCCUCUCUCUUUGCUCUUACUUUCACUCGCUGUAACCCCUCUCUCUUUGCUCUUACUUUCACUUGCUGUAACCCCUCUCUCUUUGCUCUUACUUUCACUUGCUGUAACCCCUCUCUCUUUGCUCUUACUUUCAUUCGCUGUAACCCCUCUCUCUUUGCUCUUACUUUCACCUACAACGAGUAA